CUGGAGCGCCUGUGGAAUAAAGACACUUUGGUUCACCGACAUACUGAUACCUCUCUUCUUUGCUUUUGGGAGACUCAAUUAUCAUUUUCAAUCCUUCAAAGACGAUAAAAAACGAACUUAAACCUACAACUUUUUAUUUUACUGUUAAAACGCUCACAUUUUUUUUGUCUCUUCCUGACGAUCAAGCCAACCCAGGCGGGUGAAACCAACACAUCCAGGACUUUUAUUUUUAAAAACUUGCUGGGAAAAAAGUCACCAUGGCAGAGACGUCGGGAGCUCCAGCCAAAGCCAAAAAGGCGUCGAAGCCUAAGAAGCCCGCUUCUCACCCCAAGUAUUCGGACAUGAUUAAAGCGGCUAUUGUGCACGACGCCAGCCGGAGCGGAGCGUCCCGCCAGUCCAUCCAGAAGUACGUGAGGAAGACCUACAAAGUGGGCGACAACGCCGACGUGCAGAUUAAAAUGGCCCUGAAGAGGCUGGUGGCGUCCGGGAUGUUGCGCCACACCAAGGGAAUCGGCGCGUCCGGAUCCUUCCGGUUGACCAAACCGGAGGACUCCAAGAAGCCAGCCAAGGCUGCGGCGUCCGCCAAGCCCAAAAAAGUGGCCAAACCCAAACCAAAGAAGGCGGCCAAGCCCAAGAAGGUGCCCAAGACCCCGGAGAAGCCCAAGAAGGCAGCUGCCAAGAAAGUGAAAAAGGUCGCGAAGAAGGCGACACCUGCGAAAGCCAAGAAGGCUCCAGCGAAGAAGUCCAAGGCGGCCAAACCCAAAGCCAAGCCGGUGAAGAAAGCAGCCAAGCCCAAGGCGAAGACACCCAAGAAGGCAGCCAAGUCUGCCAAAAAGAAGUGAAAGUGGGACAAUUUAAAUCGGACUGUAAAUACUUGAGGAAAUGUUUUGGUAUAUGUAUUAUUUUUGUAAGGUUUCAUGCAAAUGUCAGCUGUUUGUACCAGUAGUUUCUCUAAAAGCAUUUUUUAUUUGGUUUUAAUAGCAUUAUUUUGUCUAAUAACUGAACACAAAUAGGCAUCGCUGCAUUAGAGCGUGUAUAUAAAGUUAAACUAGGAGUAGUGAUUGUUAGAGCACGUGUUCAUAUUGGAAAUAUGAGUUUUGUGGAGCCUUCAUUACCAUGUACAGACCAUAGGCUCUAGAGUCCUCAUUAAACAUGCAUUGUCUAUAUUUAAAUAUAAAUAUUUUAUUUUCUGACAUCUCCAAACAUUCUGAUGUGUUCAGACACUUUAAUGCUAUUCAAUAAACCUUUAUCAUCUAAAAAGGUCAA